AUGGACUUGCCAAUUGAAGAAGGUGAUGCUCAGUACAUUCCCCAAGAAAUCCUGAACGAGAAUUAUGAAAAUCUAGACAAAGUUGAUAUAUUCUCGUUAGGAGCUUCCAUCUAUGGACUUGCAAGAGGGUCACCGUUACCUGAAUCAGGUUCUCAUUUCCUCACUCUUAGGGAAGGGAAACUGCCCCUUCUUCCUGGUCGUUCAAUCCCGUUUCAGAAUUUAAUAAAGGUGAUGAUGGAUGCCGAUCCUGUUCGUAGACCAACAGCCAAAGAAGUAGUUGAGAAUCCAAUUUUUUACAGGAUUGGAAAGAAUAAAUAA